UCACCCCAUUGACAAGCCUUGCUACUGCAUUGUAUAAUGUAGGUAUAGAAUCUAGAUACAAUGUCUUCGAUGUGUACCCCGCAACCAACAACCCAGUUUAGCACUUUAGCUACGUACGAAUUAUGAUUAAUAUUUGUAUGUAUCACACCAAAAGAAAUUCAGAAAUGCAAAGCGAAAGCUGCUGCCCACUAACAUUGCCAGCAGUGGAAUAGUUUAGGCAGCGGUGGUUGCAGAUGGCACGUCCACGAGCAUGCACCUAGAGGUCAGAUGUAACCAUCAGAGCAAGCAAUGAGUUGAAAUGAAAUAAAAAGUUUGAUCAUCUCCUCAAGAAGCCUCUGCGCCGUCCUUUGCCGACAGAAUCCAAUGGCUAAAGUUGCGUUUGUAGAUUAAAAAAUGAGGGGAAAUCGCGGAAUAGAAUGAUGAUGACGAUCUUAGUGCAACCCAUUAUUAACUCGAGCUCUGCGGUGCUAAGUUACUGACUGAUGGUAUCAUCUUCGCAAAACCUGUCCUGCUGUUGUUGUGUUGUCAAUUUCCUCCAAAUACUUGCUGCAAAUAAAGGUUCUGAUUUUUCCUUCUCCAUCGAAUAAUAAGUAGAAGAUAAGCUGCAACUUGGCCUAUACUCUGUUUUAGAAACCUUGCCAAAGACCGAGAUCUCCGACCACCGCCAAGCCAAGCAUCCGUAACAUCUAUGGUUAUCAUGUCAGUUGUUGUCCUUUCAACUUUCAAUCCACAGUCUCCAUCCCAACAUCACACCUAGUUAAGCACAUGCAGCCCAGCCCCUUUAUAAUUGGUAACAACAGGUGGUCUAGUUCUAGUUCUCUCAGGCCUAUUUAGUUUCCCCCCCUAGUAUUAGUAUGUAGUGCAGUGGGUUGAGAUGUCCCCUGUCUUGCAGGGGAGGUGCUGGUCCUGAACUGAGUUUAUUACUACAAUGAUGGAUGUGCAGUGCAUUUACAAGACUUUUCUUGUCGUCGAAGUUGAUGGCUUUCUGUCCCUUCAUUGCUCGGAUUCUCUUGCCUUCAUAUAAGCUGACCCCUUUGUUAAUCAUAACUUGGAACCCCGCCUCUCCUCUUUAGUUGUACUCUCAGACCAGGAUACUUGUCUGAAGCAGUUUACAAGUUAGGCAGCUGAUUUCUGGCUGUGAACUCUCGGAGAGAUCAUGGCGGUGCCGUAGGUUCGGCAAGCUUGCAUCCUUUCAGAGAUUGCGCUGGAUGGGGCCUGUUUGAUAUUCCUGCCCCAUUCCAAAUCUGCAAAGUAGCUGAUGAUGGAUCUCCACAUGAAGCUUCUCCUGGCCUCCCUCAGCUGCGCACUUCUGAUACAAGGAGCAUCCUGUGAUACUACCGCAGGAGGGACUGGAGCGACAAGCUGGACUUGUGUAUGCGCCGCUCAUCCACUUGGCGAAGCUAACUCCAACAGCAGCCUGUCAUCCAGUUGCGACUCCUCGUGCCACUGCCUACGGGAUGAAAACGCCGGCACAGGGUCAUGGAACUGCUCGUGCCGAUCCGACAAGGCCCUUCAGGAAGAAGAACAUGCCGUGGUGCACAGCGGGAGUUGCUUCACUUCCUGUAACUGCACGUCCGGAGGUUCUGAACAAGGGAGGAAGCAUUUCUCUAGCAAAACAGUCAUUGCAACACUCCUGGUAUGUGUGGUUCUCACCACUGUCGCCUUUGUCGGCACGACGGCGUACUACUUCCGCCGCAAGGACGCGUUCUCCCCGCGUUCCCGGAUGCACUCUCUCGAUAAGUACGCUAGCUGGAGCAGCAGAUCGAACCUCGUCAGCCAUCGGUCGUCUCCCCUUACCCAGCUGAAACCCAAACCGGGGCUCAGUGUCAUCAAAGGGUAUUUGUGCAGCUGCCCGCUCGUCUCCCGGAGCGAAGACGGCCCAUUCCCCGGCGUGGUUCUCCGGUUCUCCUACGCGGAGUUGGACCACGCAACCGGGAAAUUCUCCGACGAACAGCUCAUCGGCGUCGGCGGGACGAGCAAGGUGUAUCGUGGCCAGCUCGCAGACGGCAAAGUCGUAGCCGUGAAGAAGCUUCGUCCCCUUGGAGGCGCGGACGAGGACUACGAGUUCCUGUCAGAGAUCGAGCUGCUAUCGCGACUGAACCAUUGCCACGUGGUGCCAUUGCUGGGGUACUGCUCGGAGCGGCAGGGGCGGCAGCUGGAGCGGCUGCUGGUGUUCGAGUGCAUGACCAACGGCAACCUGCGGGAGUGCCUGGACGACCUCAACAGGAAGCCCAUGGACUGGGCGACGCGCGUCGGCGUGGCGCUGGGCGCGGCGAGGGGCCUGGAGUACCUCCACGAGGCGGCGGCGCCGCGCAUCCUCCACCGGGACAUCAAGUCCACCAACAUCCUGCUGGACGACCGGUUCAGGGCCCGGAUCACGGACCUGGGCAUGGCCAAGUGCCUGAUGAACGACGGCGUGACGAGCUGCUCCAGCUCGCCGGCGCGCAUGCUGGGCACCUUCGGGUACUUCGCGCCCGAGUACGCCAUCGUCGGCAAGGCGUCGCUCAAGUCGGACGUGUUCAGCUUCGGCGUGGUGGUGCUGGAGCUCAUCACCGGCCGGCAGCCGGUGCACAAGAGGGGCGGCGGUGGCGCCGGUGGCGCGGACGAGAGCCUGGUGAUGUGGGCGACGUCGCGGCUGCGGGACAGCAGGCUGGUGGUGGCGGAGCUGCCGGACCCGGCGCUCAAGGGCGCGUUCCCGCCCGAGGAGAUGCAGAUCAUGGCGCACCUCGCCAGGGAGUGCCUGCAGUGGGACCCCGAGGCCAGGCCCACCAUGACCGAGGUCGUCCAGAUCCUCUCCACCAUCGCGCCCCUCGCCGACAAGCGCCGCCGCCACCACCUGCCCGCCGCGGCAGCCGCAUUCGUCCCGGGGUUCCGUGCCGAGCGGCCGCAGGAGUGCUCGGCGUGGCAGGACGGCGACGACGGCCGUCGCCGCGAUCACCUGCAUGGAGGGAACGGUAGCAGUGCCAAGGGCGCCGGCGUGUCCGGAGAGGUCGCGGUGGACUUCGGCACACCGGCGACGAUGAUGAUGACGGCGAUGGGGCGGAGCUGGCGGUCGGCGGAGCAGGAGGAGGUGGACCUGACGGAGCCGCGGCUGGAGACUUUCACGCAGCCGACGACGGCGACGAGCCUCUACAGGUGAAGGAAGGGUGGUAGAAGAGGUAGAUAGGGAUAGUCAACUACUUCAGCAUCGGAUCAAAACUCUGCUGCGAUCCUCUGCGCGUGCAUGGCAUGGCGCCAUGGCGGGAUCGAUCUUAUCUUGUACAGACAAAAAAAAAAACCUAAUCAAUCAAUUUGAGAAGAAACGUUACUAAGA